CUCAGCAGCGAUUCAUCGAAGGUAAAUCCACACUGGCAAAGUUGUGGGAGUUGCUUGUGACUUUUGCGCGUCGAGCUACAAGUCGCAGACGCAGUUUGCUCAAGAGAGAUUAGCAGAAGUGAUGCUAACUCACUGCAGCGCUGUGGUGACGAGGCAGGGCUCCCAGGACUAGCUUGCUUCACCGCGGACUCCGCGGUUACCCUCUGCUCUCCGAUGACUUCCUUCAUCUCGGACUGGAUUUGGAGCGAGAGAUUCUGGCUUCCCGAAAAUGUGUCCUGGGCCGAUUUGGAGAAUCCACCACCCGGCGUGGAAUACCCCAAGCUGGGUCACAUGGUGUACGCUUUGCCUUUGGCGGUGGGGAUUUUACUAUCGAGACUACUGUUUGAAAGGCUAGUGGCCAAGCCCUGUGCCCACAUACUUCAGAUUCAGGCGGGAGUGCCUCGGCGAGUUCAGCCCAACGCCGUUCUGGAGAAGCUGUAUCAGUCCAACACGUCUCCGAGCUCGAGGGACCUGGAGGGACUCUCCAAGCAGCUGGACUGGGAUGAACGGAAAAUCCAGAGGUGGUUUCGCGUCCGUCGGAACCAGGACAAACCCAGCAUGCAGACCAAGUUCUGUGAGAGCAUGUGGAGAUUCACCUUUUAUCUGCUGAUUUUUAUCUAUGGCCUUUCCCAAUUGUGGGUGUCACCUUGGAUGUGGGACACCAGACAGUGCUGGCACAACUACCCUUUUCAGCAUCGGAGUCCUGGGCAGUUCUACUACUACCUUGCAGAGCUGGCUUUCUAUUCGUCUUUGAUGUUUUCCCAGUUUACAGACAUCCGACGUAAGGAUUUUUUCAUCAUGUUUGUUCACCACUUGGCCACCAUACUGCUUAUCACUUUUUCCUAUACCAACAACAUGGUACGGGUCGGCACUAUGAUCAUGUCUCUGCAUGAUGCAUCAGACAUUUUCCUGGAGGCAGCCAAGCUGGCAAACUAUGCCAAAUACCAAAGGCUGUGUGACAGCAUGUUUGUGGUUUUCACGCUGAUAUUUUUUCUCACUCGACUUGUCGUCUUUCCUUUCUGGGUUAUUUACAGCGUACUGUUUGAGAGCUGGGAGAUCGUGGGGCCGUACCGAGCAUGGUGGCUGUUGAACGGGUUGCUGCUUGUGCUGCAGUGUCUUCAUGUCAUUUGGUUCUACCUCAUCGCUCGUAUUGCAAUCAAAGCCAUUUUCAAGGGAAAGGUGGCUAAAGAUGACCGCAGUGACGUAGAGAGCAGCUCAGACGAAGAUGUUUACUCCAACAGUCAUGGGAACCCCAAUCACAAGAAGACCUAAAGGACAGCAGAGCCAAUUGUGACUUCAAUAGAGGAGGGGUGUUUGUGUGUGGCGGGGGAUCAUUUAUUUCCAAUUUUUUCCAACUUUUUCCAGAAGUGCCUGUCAGACCCACUUCUCUAUGCUGACAUUUUUUUGUUUCUCCAAAGUGAGGUGCUGAGAUUUUCAGGAAAGUGCGGCACCCAAACUUUUGAGUUUUCCAGCACGAUGUUUACACUUGUUUGCAAGCGGCAGCAGAAAGUAAAGUUUGUUUGGGAAAAGAAAAAUCCCACACUGCAAAUGCUCUGAGUUUAGGAUUUACUACAUUGAAACAAAUGCUUAUAGUACUGCAGAGAAAAAGGAAAUCGCUGCAUCAAAUGUGUAUGUUAAUGUAAGGUUUUUGUGUGUGUAUAUUCUAAUUUAAGAAUACCAAGAAAUUCAUGCUGAAUGUGCUGCUUCACCUUUUGUACUUAUGACAUCAAAUACCAAAAAUCAGAAGGACUACUUGAUGACAAAUCAGUGUAUGAGUCUACUGUCUUUCAAAAUGCAAUGGAAAAAAAUGAAAGUUUUUGUACAUCUGCUAGUUUAUUGUUGGAUCUUUUUUUUUUCAGACUGAAUUGUCAUCUGCAUUCUCAAUUGUUUCCCUUUUCAGAGAUAAAACUGGUUUGACAAAGA